AUGGCUCUCAAGUCCAAUGUGGCGCUAUUGUUACUUCAGUUAGUGCUCUACAGACAGCAAGAGUUUUCUCACAAUGACACAGGAGCGAAAUUGAACGAGUUAUUGGUCAAUCCUGUGGUCGAUGAGAUCGUUCUGGAUAGAUUCACCAACCAUCGUCUGGUCAAGUUAUACGCCCCAGAGCUGGUAAAAGUACGACUGCGUGCACUAAAAAAGGAGGUAAACGAUCUAUUUAGCGCGGGACUGCCAGACAAGAACAUGCCAGUGACAGUGAUCACUUUAGCUAACCAUUUCUACUACACACGGGUAAAAGAACUAGAACAGGACCAAAUUCCGAAAAUUAACGAACAAUUGCGGGACAUCGAUGCCCAGCUACAGGGAUCACAGCAACAGCACAAAAUCGAAGGCUCGUGA